AUGUAUCAUUUAUCUAAAAGGUAUCGGUAUGUAAUUACUCCCUUUUCUUCAAUUUCUCUUUCUGAUCGUCUCCUUUUUGGAAUUCCUAAAAAAGGCCGUCUUCAUGAACAUUGUCUCUCUCUCCUUAAUGGUGCGGACAUUAAUUUUUAUCGCCAUAAUAGGCUUGACAUUGCCCCUGUUUCAAACCUUCCAAUCGCUCUUGUAUUUCUUCCCGCCGCCGACAUUCCAAAAUAUGUUGCAGAUGGAAAUGUUGAUUUAGGAAUUACUGGCCAGGAUAUGAUAUUAGAAUCUCAAGCUGAAGAGAGAGUUGAGCAACUUUUAGACUUAGGCUUUGGAAAAUGCAAGUUGCAAGUCCAAGUUCCGAUUAAAAGUAAUAUUAAAAAAGUUGAAGAUUUGGUCGGGAAAAGGGUUGUCUCAAGUUUUGUAGUGUUGGCUAGUGCUUACUUUGAGGAAUUAGAUAAAAAAUAUUUGAGUGAUGAUCAAAAAAAGGAAGGGAAGAAAACAAAAAUUGAAUAUGUCAGCGGAAGUGUCGAAGCAGCUUGUGCUCUUGGUUUAGCUGAUGGAAUUGUUGAUUUAGUUGAGUCUGGUGAGACUAUGAGAGCAGCCGGUCUUCAUGCCAUUUCUACUGUUUGUAAUACAGAAGCAAUUCUAAUUCGUAAUAAACACUCCUCAAAUGAUUCCCUUAUUGCCAAGAUUACUUCUCGAAUCAAAGGUGUAAUUGCUGCUCAAAAAUAUGUGUUGCUUAACUAUAACAUUCAGCGUCAUUCUCUUAGUAAAGCUACCAAGAUUACUCCGGGUAGGCAAGCCCCUACUGUUAGCCCUUUAGAUAAUGGUGACUGGGUUGAAGUGCAAAGUAUGGUGUGUAAGGAUGAAGUUGCAGAAAUCAUGGAUAAAUUGGAAGAAAUUGGUGCUAAAGAUAUCUUAGUUUUCAAGAUUGAUAAUUGUAGGGUAUAG